AAACUGACUAAUGCCGAUUUUAUUCUCUUUGUGUCUGUGUUAGGGCAACGUUGUGGCAAAAACACCCUGGCCUAUGCAGUUCAUUGUGCUAUCGACCCCGCUACUAAAAGACCUAUAGCCGGUCAGGUGAAUAUUUGUCCUGAUGCGCUUGAUAAUAUGAAAUCAAAUGAAGUCCAUCAAUGGGAAGCCACUAUCAAGCACGAACUCAUUCAUGCAUUUGUUUUUUCGACAGCGCUUUUCAAGGAAUUUCCCGGCGCCGGAGCACCUGACAGUGGGAGGCCUUUAUUCACUAUUCCGAAUGUUGUCCAGCGAUUUACGCGAUUGGACUGGGAGAGCUCUGAUGGACCUAUGAAACAUGACGUCUUUAUGAUAGUAACUCCGAAAGUUCGUGAAGAAGCACGCCGGCACUUCAACUGUUCAACUUUGGAGGGAGCAGAAAUUGAGAACCAGGGCGGAGGUGGUACAGCAGGCUCACAUUGGGAGAAACGCGUUUUU